AUGCUGAUUUGUUUGCUGUUGAAACUAUUCCAGGCCAAGCCAUUUACAUGGAAGGAACUGUCUAUGAAGCAAAUAUAUGAUUAUCAAUCCACGCGAGUAUCUCAAAAUUCUCUCAAAUACUUGCAAGGUAUAUUCAAGCUUGAAAACAAUGAAAAAGACGAGAUUCUAUUGGAUUUAUACUGUCACUCUCUCAGUUUUACAAAAGAAAUUGGAUUUGCCGCAAAACAAACCAGCGCAUUUCUUUUUAUUUUAAAAGAACUUCAUAAAGAGGUUGUGUCAUCGUCGCUAGUUAACAUGGAAAAAGAUUAUGCGUACUUUAAACAUCUGCUUAUGCAGCAUGCAAUUCAUCGCCCACCGUUUAGUGAAAAAAUAUUCUCGCUUAGUGAGGUCAAGACUAUUUCCGAGUACAUCACCCAUACAUACUUUCGACACUAUCUCAUGUAUAAAUACGUGUUUACCAAAAAACUUCGUAUGAAUCUAAUUGUUGAAAAUUUCAUGUCCAAUCAUGACGAUAUCAAAGAAUCUACUGAGCAAGAUACUGUAGAUGACAAGUUGUCUGAUAAUCAAACUGCUUAUCAAGCAGCCUAUGAUGCUGAGAAAUGCGAUGAUGCUGAAAGUAGUAAAGAUGCUCGUCUUGAAAUCAGUGGUUCAAUAACCAAACUGGCACGCGAGGAAAUCACAUCAACAGAUGCGUCUAAACCAUCAGACACUGCAAUGAUGUCAGAUCAUUCACCAGCAACGAUCAGUAAGGAUAUUUCUCAUGGGUCUACCCUUGGACAACACCCAUACGCUUUACAGACAUGUACUGCUCAUACGAUUUCAGCAGGAAUGCCAUCAAAAGAUAUCACAAAACAUGAUGAAACGAAUGGGUUUGAAAAAUCUAGCGAAUUCAUUGUUUCAGAUGUAUCGAAAUCUGUUGCAUCAGGAAAACAAGAGGCGGCUAUUAUAGAACUCAAAAGUUUCAUUUCAUCCGUUUUGGCAACCAAACUGGACGACAUGCGAUCCACUUUACUGACUAAACUUACGGCUCAAGAAGAGCAUAUCAAUGCUAAAUUGAAAAAAAUUGAAGGCAAUUUGGAAGAUGAUAAAAAAAAGGAUCUCAAAGUCAAAUCAAAGAAAUAA